AUGGUCCUUAUGUUAGUGCUGGAGGUAGGGGGGUUAAGCACUGGUAUGGGUACUGGGGAUAUGUGCUAACAGCCAAUAACUGGGUUCUAACUGUUGGAUAAGCUCCAACUUCGGAAAGGGUGGGUGCUGCUAUGUGUUCACUUUCAGCUAGUAGUACAGUGUGAAUGCUCUGUAUUAAGUUUAUAAUUUGAAGGUUGAAAGGGACUUCCAUUUGAACCAUUUGUUCUGCCUCUGAACUUCCAUGUACUUCCAAAAUAACGUAAUGUAUGUGUAUUUGUUCAUUUGCAUACUAUGUGUUUGUAUUUGUAGGUGUGUGAUAAUCUUUUGUUUAUGUGGAUAUCCCAGUGGUUUCUCUCAUCCUCUGUACCUUAGGGGGCUGUUCUAAGUUUGUACCACUGAUGCUAUAAUGUAAUGCCUCACUAUGAGUGAAAUCACUCUACAAUCUUCUCCCCAAAGACCAGGAUGUUCUCGCUUUCAAAGAAACAUGAAUACACAUAGAAUCCUAGCCUUCCCUUUGAUUCCCCUUAGACACAACUUUCAUAAUUAAUGUUUUUCACUGAGCUUGUGCGUGCAUGCGUACAGUAUGUGUGAGCACAUACUAUGCCUACAUUUGAAUAAAUGUCUGUGUUUUUGGGUUGGCUGAAUGUGUAUAGCAGUUCCUCUCAUGAGGUUUGUUUUAGUUUGCUUGUUUGUUUGUUAAUGUGACAGUCUAUUUCUCUCUCUCUAUCCUUCUCUUUAGGAACACUUCACUCCAGAGUGUAAGUUCAAAGAGAGUGUGUUUGAGAACUACUACGUGACCUACUCCUCCAUGCUCUACCGCCAGAGCCAGUCGGGCCGCUCCUGGUAUAUCGGCAUCAACCGCGAUGGACAGGUCAUGAAGGGCAACCGGGUGAAGAAGACCAAAGGUGCUGCACACUUCCUGCCUAAAGUUAUAGAAGGUUGGUCACGUGCCCUCCUGUCCAUGCUGUGCUGAAUUUUUGCCAAGACAGGGAUAUAUCAGAAAAGUAUUAAGUUAUUCUAGAUGUUGCAUGAUGCUUAUGUUCACCAUUGAAUACUCUUCAACUGUUUCUCUUAUCUGCCCCACAGUUGCCAUGUAUAAGGAGCCAUCGCUACACGAGCUAGUCAAUGAACAGAAAGAGAAAGAGAAAGAGAAAGAGAAAGAGAAAGAGAAAGAGAAAGAGAAAGAGAAAGAAGGCCCUGCCCGGAAGACAGUGAAGACGUCAGAAGAACGUCAUGAAAGAACAUUCUCCAUCAAGAACUGCAGGAAAGAAAAAAAAGCCCCCAAGGCUGAUGCCUCGUAG